AUGUUCUCUGGCAAGGACGACCGGAACACUUUGAACGAUUUACGAGCGCAGCGCAUCAAGCUGCUUGAACAGCGCACAUCUGCCGAGAAACAGAUCGCCAGCAUUGUAAGCCAGGCCCAUGGUUCACCAGACGGACAGCCUGUCCAUCACCGGCAUGCGGGACAAAGGAAUUCCCGAUCACCGGACAAGGCUUCCCAAACCUUGUACAAGGUGCCAGGGUCUUCUGGCGGAGUGCGAGGACAUGUUCCACAUGAUGCGCCUUUGCCGCAGUCCUGGUUUGCUUCCAGCACUCCCGCUCAGGAUAUACAUCGAACCCACUGGACAUCGUUCGAGGCAGAGGACAACUCUGCACCUCGCAAGGCUGAAUCACCUUCAUUCGGAGGACGCAUUGGCCUUGAUCCUUUCCAGGCUUAA